GUUCUCAGAUGUGUUUUUUGUUUUUUUAAAUCACUCCUUUGAACGCUUUACUGCUUGGCUGUCUCUGCCAACAAUGAUUCUUUCACAGAAGAGGAACGGCUCAGCUCUCCAGGAGAGCCCCGAGAAGCGCCCGCGACUGGAGAUCGCUGCGACGCACGAGGCUGAGUACUACAUCGAGCAGCGCUUGGUUGGUUGGAUCAUUGGAAAAGGUGGUUCCACACUGCGCGAAAUUGAGCAGGCCCAUGACGUCAAGGUGGUUGUGGACCAGAGCAGCAAGGGUUCCGGCUUCAGCAAAGUGCUGAUCUCCGGGUCCAAGGCCAAAGUCCUGGAGGCUGUGGAGCACAUCAACAACUCAUUGUCCAGCGCUGGCCAAGCUGAUGCAAGCAAUGUACCGUGCUUGCUAGAUCGUCUCCCAGCCUCUGGUACCAUGAGAGAGGAGCUGCAAGUGAAGCAACGAUAUGUUGGCUGGCUACUGGGAAAAGCUGGUGCAGCCAUUGCAGACAUUGAGAAGGCCAGCGGUUGUCAGAUCUUUGUGAACCAGGAAACCAAGGGCCUCGGCUACAGCACGGUGCAAUUCAUGGGAUCGCCACAGCAAAUCUCGGAUGCGAGGCAAGCCAUCGAGCAGUCCAUCGACCGGGCCAAGGUGGCUCGAGAAGGAAGGGUCGCUGAGGAGUCCAUCGAGGUCGAGCAACGCUGGGUUGGAUGGUUGCUGGGCAAGAAAGGUGGCCUGGCAAAGGAGAUCGAACUGGAGACGGGUGCUCACAUCCUCAUCGACCAAUCCACCAGCCAACUGGGCUACAGCACUGUGGUCUUCUCGGGAACCGCGGACCAGGUGGACAAUGCGCGGGACCGGGUGAACGCUCACCUGGAGAAGGCAGGAGCUGCUCCAAUGGCAGCCAAGAUGGGGGCGGCUGUCCGUGCUCAAGCCGUCGCGGCGGCGGACUUCCCCCCAGUCGCCGGCGGCAGCCGAGGAAGCUCCAUCAGCACUCAGGUGACGGUCGAGCAGCAGUGGGUGGGAUGGCUUCUGGGCAAAGCCGGCGCCGCUGUCAAGGACAUCGAGGCCAGCACCGGAGCCAAGAUUGCCGUGAACCAGGACACCAAAGCACAAGGCUACAGUGUCGUUUCUCUAAGUGGCACGCCUUUGCAAGUACAAGCGGCUUAUGAUACGAUGACUGAGUCACUCAGGCGAGCUGGAGGCGCUUUGAGCGAGCUGCCCACCGCGACCGCCGCGGCCGCGCCGCUCGGCAGCGGGAGGCCUGGACGCGGCCACGCUCCGAAGGUCUUGUCCAUCCAAGGCACCAUUGGCCGGGAACAUGGCUUGAUUGAUGCUGUUUGGCAACUGGCAAACAGCCUGGUGGAUCAUGCCGGUCAAGACGCGCUCUGGCGGAUCUUCCCAUCGCUGCAGGAGGUGCUGGUGGCCAAUCCGGAAGUCGUCGAGUUGCUGCGCUCCUUGGUGCCUCUGAGGAGUGGUGAAAGACCUCAGCAGACGAACCAACCUGCGGAGAUACAGAUCGACCAGAAGAUGGUGGGCUGGCUACUGGGUGGCCGCGGCAAGACGGUGCAGCAGAUCGAGGAGGAAAGCGGCGCCAAGAUCCAUGUCGAUCAAUCCACCAAGGAGGCUGGCUACAGCAUAGUCCGUGUGACGGGGCCCGCAUCGGCGGUUCAGAUGGCCGAGCGAAGAAUAGAGGCCUCCAUCUCCAUCGCCGCGCGCAACGAGACCGCGAAAGCGCUGGAGUCGGGUGAAACGGCUGACAUGGAGGUGGAGCAACGGUUUGUUGGAUGGAUUCUAGGCAAGUCAGGAACGGUACUGAAGCAGAUCCAAGCUCAAAGUGGAGCUUUGGUCAGCAUCGAUCAGUCGACGAAGGAGCUUGGAUAUAGCCAAGUGCGAAUAUCAGGCACUUUCCAGCAGCGUUUGUUGGCCAGACAGUUGAUCGAGGACAAGAUCUCUGAGGCUGACCCAGAUCGAAAGUGAAGAUCAGAUGUGACAAGGCAAAGAUCCUCC